GGUUUCCAGUGGGACCUAUAUUCAGUGACGUACAGCGGAAACUCAACGUCUCUGAAGUGUUGUGGUGUGAAAGCAGUAGCUUUGCCAGCAAGUUGACUUUAAUAUAGCUGUUUUUAGAGGUGAAACAUGCCGAAGGUGGUGUCUCGAAGUGUUGUGUGCUCGGACACCAGAGACAGAGAGGAGUACGAUGACGGAGAAAAGCCCCUCCAUGUUUACUACUGCCUGUGCGGUCAGAUGGUCCUGGUCCUGGACUGCCAGCUGGAGAAGCUUCCAAUGAGGCCCCGGGACAGAGCCAGGGUGAUCGACGCCGCCAAACAUGCCCACAAGUUCUGCAAUGUUGAGGUGGAUGAAAACACCUACAUCAAGAGAGCCGAAGGCAUCGAGCGACAGUACCGCAAGAAGUGCGGGAAGUGCGGCCUGCUGCUCUUCUACCAGCACCAGGACAAGAACAACCAGGCCACCUUCAUCGUGGACGGAGCCGUGGUUAAGUUCGGACAGGGUUUCGGGAACACCAGCGUUUACAGCCAGAAACAACCAGAGGCUCCGAAGAAGGUGCGGGUGAUGAUGACCAAGAGGACCAAAGACAUGGGCAAGUUCAGCUCGGUCACCGUGUCCACCAUCGACGAGGAAGAGGAGGAGAUCGAGGCUAGAGAGGUGGCCGACUCAUACGCCCAAAACGCUAAAGUGAUCGAGAAGCAGCUGGAGAGGAAGGGCAUGAGCAAGAGGAGGCUCCAGGAGCUGGCUGAGCUAGAGGCCAAGAAGGCGAAGAUGAAGGGCACCCUGAUUGAUAAUCAGUUCAAGUAGACUGAAGAUGAAGAGGGUUUGUGUGAAGGACUCACCCUGAGGGUGAAAUUCACCACCAGACAUCCUCAUUUUUACUGGACUGAACGGGCUGGUGGUUCACUUGAAGAUCCAGUAUGCAGAGGGGACUGACCUGGACCUGUACAUUAAAAACUCUGUCGAAGAUUACAUUUUGUUUUGGAGUUUGAGAUGUUUUAAAACUGCAAACUUGUUUAUAAUUUUUUGUACAAAAAUUAAAAACAAAAGAACACAAGUCAUUUAAAAAUAGCUUUUUAUUUUAAUUUCUAUUUUACUUUGGUUUCAUCAAAAGUUUACUAAAGUCUUGGUUUUGGAAAUUGUGACCUGUGAUUUGUUUUGUCUUUUUUUACCUUUUACUGGUCAAUAGGUUUUUAUUUGUGUGUCAUGCACACAAACUCCCCAGCAGAAAUACUGUUGUAUCUUUUCUGUAAUUCAUUGCAGUGCUUUUCACAGCACAGUCUUAAAUAUCAUAUUCUGCUUUUGGUUGCAGCCUUUGCAGAUAAAAGGGCUCCUCUACUAAAGCAUAAAAUCAUCUAACUAGCAAGACAUUUAACAAUCUCUUAUGUGAUGAUAGUAAGGACAGUAUCACAAAAAGUGAAAAUCUGUCUCACUUUCACCAAACUCAGGAAACUGUUCUCUGUUGUGACAGGAAACCUACUGCCUGUGGUGCUGAUCCUGAAUGUAGCUGUGCAGAGGAGAAAUCUUACCACAUAUGGGAAACUGCAGAGCACAUCAAGUGGAUGAUUAAUUUCUUUUUUUCGGAAAAAAUAAUCACGGGUUUUCUAAAUAAUCAAAGUUAUUGUCAGUAUUUAUUUACACAAACUUGUCUCUGGGCCCUCAUUAACCUCUAUUUGUAAUACUUAAGAAGAAAUGAGCAGGUAAGGUUUGAAACCUGAUAGGGUUUGGUCGACGACCUCCCCCAUAAAAAGGGGGAAAAAGAAUAAAAAGGGCAGUUCCUUUCACAGAAACUGAGAACAGAUUAAAAGAGGAAAAUAAUCAAAAGAGAAGAGAAUGAGCUAUUACGACAGACAGUGUAUGUAGAUUAAGUAAAUAUGGACAAAAACUGUUGGUAAGGUAAAUGAGUGUUGAAUCUGCUGCUGCAGAUGAGGCACUUUUUAAAGACCUUUUUUCAGUGUUAAUUUUUUUUUUUUUUUCUUAGGCUGUGUCCGAAAUGAAUCACUUAACCCCUAACCCCCAUAUGGGGUUUUACUAUAUAGUUAACUAUGUAGUGAACUCAAUCACCAGAGGUUUCGGACACUACAUGGCAUGACACAAUGCAUGACGGGAUGCCCACCACCGGUGAGUGACCAUCGGAUGGUCACUACAUUUUGCAAUGCUUUAUGGGAACCCUCAAAAUACUGGACACCCCUCAAAAUGGCGCUAACCCCCAUAUAGUCACCUAUAUAGGGGUUAGGGAUCCAUUUCGGACACAGCCUUAGUCUGAUUGUUGACUGAGUUUGACAGAUUUUCCGUUUGAACAAACAACAUUUUUUAUUCAGUUACCUUUUAUGUACUUAUGAUUGAGGGCUCUAAAAAAGCUCCAGAGCAGAGUCAGUUAUGGUCUUUCAAUGUCAUAAACACUUCAAAAAUCAGUGCU